AUGUCAAUCGGGAAUAGGUUUCAACAGCUUGUUGGGCGCCAGCAGCCCAGCGGCACUCAUGAGGCUCCUACCGUGGAAGAUAUCGAAACUCCGGUAACCGUCAAUGCAGCGCCAUACGACAAGGAAGCUGCCACUGGCUCCCCUCAGGAUAACACGACAAGCAGUGAUGAUAUCUCAUUACCGCACGAAGACGCACAGCGUGGUGUCAAGAAGAUCGAGGCCGUGACUCUAGCUUGGUCGAGGGCAACGCUGGCCUUGUUCCUGAUACUCAUUUGGAUUUACACCCUGGCUAAUGGAUUCAGAUCCUCAAUCCUGGCCAGCUUGACACCCUACGCUACGAGUGAUUUCCAGUCUCAUUCCCUGUUGACUGUCAUCGAAAUUGUAGCAAGUGCCAUGACAUCAGCGGUGUACAUUCCUAUGGCGAAGAUGCUGGACGUCUGGGGCCGUGCUGAAGGCUUUCUCCUUAUGCUAUGCUUUGCCACUUUGGGUCUAAUUCUUAUGGCAGCAUCCAACAACCUUCCUACCUUCUGCGCAGCGCAGGUGUUCCAAUCAGUUGGCCUUGGAGGCAUGACUUAUAGCAUAAAUGUCCUCUCAGCCGACGUAACCAACCUGAGAAAUCGAGGGUUGGCGUUCGCUUUCGUCUCAUCGCCAUGGAUGAUCACUGCGUUUGCUGGUUCCAAAGCAGCAGAAGAAUUCUUACUACACGUCAACUGGCGAUGGGGGUUCGGCUCCUUUGCCAUCAUCAUACCCGCAGUCUCCAUUCCCGUAUACACAGUGUUGAAGGUCAACCUUCGUAAGGCUGAGAAGAAAGGCCUUGUGAAUCACGAGAGGAGUGGCCGAACCCUGGUACAGAAUAUAAUACACUACCUUAUACAGUUUGAUUUGCCGGGUGUCAUCUUGUUCGCUGCCGGUCUUACCGUGUUCCUACUCCCAUUCACACUCGCCCGCUCUGCCCCGAACGGCUGGAAGUCAGACUACAUCAUCGCCAUGAUUGUAGUCGGCUUUGUCCUCCUCCUUCUCUUCGCCGCCUACCAGGUGUACCUGGCUCCUGUGCCAUUCCUGAAACAUGACUACCUUAUCAACCGGACCGUCCUGGGCGCAUGCCUUCUCGACUUCGUAUACCAGAUGUCCUACUACUGUUGGAACAGCUACUUCACGUCUUUCCUUCAAGUCGUCAAUAACCUCAGCGUCGCAGAGGCCGGAUACGUCAAUAGCACAUUCCAGGUCGUCUCCGGCGUCCUCUUAUUCAUCGUCGGCUACCUGAUCCGCAAAACAGGCUACUUCCGAUGGCUUCUGUGGAUCGGUGUGCCUCUUUAUAUCUUCGCCCAGGGUCUCAUGAUCCACUUCCGCCAACCAAACGGAUAUAUUGGCUACAUCGUCAUGUGCGAGAUCUUCAUCUCCAUCGGUGGUAGCGUUUUCACCCUCUGCAUGCAGCUCGCCGUCCUGGCCGCCGUCGACCACCAACACGUCGCCGCGGCAAUGGCCAUUCUAUUCGUGUCCGGUGGCAUCGGUGGUGCAGUCGGAAAUGCCAUUUCCGGUGCCAUCUGGACAAACACCUUUGAGAAUUCCCUGGCACGCUAUCUCCCUGAGUCCGCGCUGCCGAACAUGGCCAGUAUCUAUGCCAGUUUGCCGGUACAGCUAAGUUAUGCCAUUAAUAGCCCUGAGAGAAUAGCAAUCCAGAAGGCAUAUGGUUAUUCGCAGACGAGAAUGUUGGCCGCGGGAACUGGGCUUAUGGCGCUUGCCUUCGUCGCUGUUUACAUGAUCCGGAACUUGAAUCUGAAGAAUAUGACCCAGACGAAGGGUGUUGUGUUCUGA